AUGCGAGAAGGAUCCAUGCACGGCUCUUCCACCACGGAUAACGCUUACUUGGAUAACCGCACACCUACCAGGAGCAGCUCAGACCUAUUUUUUAAGCUCCAAACCCUCGAUCCCACCGGAUUCUGUAAUCUCCCGACCCUCGACCCAGCCCAGUUUUCCAAGCUACAAGUUGUCGAUCGAUGUCACCCGCUCCUUCAAAGAAAGCAAAGCACGCUCUCCCAGGAACGACUAGCCUCUGAAGCCACGUCCAUAUACGCUGGGCUGGAAGAGGUUGAGAGGAAGUGCAUCAUCAUUGACAGAGUUAUUGCUUCCGCUCCACUCGAAUUGGAAAACUGGCAAGCAGGGAUUGCUCUACAUCGCAUCUUACUGCAUGAGUAUGUGGAUUUCUUCAAGGCAACUCAGCAUCCCUCUGCCUCGGCAUCUCUGCGUCAUCUUCCAAUCAAGCACUCAAUGCUGAAAAGAAUGUGGAAUAACGGCAUCGAGGCGUUCCUCCAAUAG